UAUUGUGAGAAUCAUUCUUCAACAGUGUCUACAACAAACACCUUGGCUCGUGGACGAACCUCAAGCAGACGGUCUGACCGCGCUACAUUUGGCCUCACUUCACGGCCAUCUGGAAGUUUCCGAUCUGCUCCUUCAAUCCGGUGCCAAUCCGAACGCUACCGUUUAUCGACCGUCUGGUCUACAACCCCCGCCUACAUCAGUGCGUUCGACUGACGGUGCGUACGUGCCUGCCUUUACUCCGCUUCAUUUGGCCGUGCACAAGGCACAUCCAGAUGUUGUCUGCUUGUUGCUGUGCUACGGAGCCCGAGCUGCCGUUGCCGGUGGUGGUGCUCGAGCGGGGGAGGGAAGAAGCCCGAUGCAGCUGGCACUGACUACGCUCGCGCAAACACAAGAUAACAUCCAGCAUGCUGGUCAGACUCCACGUCGUUUUGACGUAGCUCUGGUUCCGUUCUUGGCCUCGGUUGCCCGACUUCUUAUUUGCAUGGCGGACUCAUUGGCUCUCACAUCCAGUGCUCCAGUGAACACAUCUAUCCGCAAUUCAUCGCCUCUGCGCGCCAAUUCGUCGCGUACGGACUAUAUAGAAGAAGCGCAACUUAUUUCCAUUGAGGAUACAGGAGAAGGAGAGAGCGUUGAUGAGGUCGGAGAAGCCCGAGAUAUACAACAAAGUCCAGUUAGACUCACAACUCAAAGCCCGUUAUGCCGUCGGCUGAAGUCCACCGUACAAGCGACAUUGGAGACUGGUGUGCCAAGGCUUGUGUUGAUCGCAGCAUGCCUUGCCUCGGCCAUUGGUGCGGAAUCAUGGACGCCCAACUGUUCGAAUGAUGACGAUGAUGAGGUAAGAAACAUCCAAAUGAUAACGGACAACUUCGUGACCGACAUUUUCACCGAAUGUCUGGACCCCGUGCUCCAACUUGCUCUGCAACAGUGUCAUAUGGAAGCCAUGAACUCUGUUUCGCAAAUCCGCUCACAGGCAGCCAAUGUGACGGAACAGGACAACUCACGAAGCCAGAGACGAACGCGAGAUUUACUGGCUGAUUUGAAUGACAGUGAAGAGGAGAACCUCGUUGACACCUUUUUCCAAGCUGACCAUGCACCUCAUUCAGCAGUCAGUUUGUUGCCAAGCGCAGUGUCCACAUCAGCAGCAGAUGAAUUCAUGCUCCAUCCGGGUGUAGUCACGCAGUCCGAGGACAAUCGAAUUCAGCCUGUCACAAUUGCAAACCAACUGGGACCACAACUAAACAACCAACCGCGCUUUUUGAAAAACCCACCUCAAUCCCUUCGACUUUUGCCUCCAAAACUCACAGAAUUGGAUGUGGAGUGGCGGGAAUGUUUAGUAUGUUCGGAACGCGAUCGGUCCACUGUGAUCUCACCAUGUGGUCACAUUAUCACGUGUGAGAACUGCACACCUCUGAUGCGCAAGUGUUUGUUAUGCCGACAGCGCGUAAGCGGAUCUCAUCAGUUUUCCAACUGCUGCGAGUGCCACCAGUUCAAGGGGGUAGUACUGGCGAAACCAUGCAAUCACAUGCUAUGGUGCAAAGACUGUAUCAAAGCUAAAGUUGAGCAGCUGGACGUUGCAUCCGGACAUUUGGAAGGGCUGAGUGAGUUUGGUUCUACGGCAGAAAACCCAGAUACCUUACUUCUGGCAGACCACGGAGUUGAUGAACGAGAUGACGCAACCAAUAACCAGGUGACCAACGAAUGGCAAGCCAUUUCUCUCGGACGCUUAUUCUCGAUGGUUACUACAGUGAACAGCUUGAUAGAUGACCUUCUGGCUGGCGGCUUGUGUAUCGAUGGUUGUCCGGUGUGCAGUCAGCCAGUUGAAACUUUGUGGCCCAUUGUAGUUUCGUGUGCUGGUGUGGACAUCCAGUCAACAGGUGCACUGUUACGUAACGCAGAUAGUGCUCCGAGCCCGAGUCCAGCUUUGGCUCCAAUUCUCGACUCAGUCCAACGGACGAAUGCAGUGAGCACACCGGUAACAAAUCCACUGGUUUUCUCCGCUGACGUUACACCUGAUUUUGCCCAAAACCCAUUAAGUUCACGCACGGUACCACUUAAUCUGAGUCCAAGAGGCUGUCGUACACUUGAUUUAACCCAGACCGAACCACGACAGCCUAUUGCUCCCAACAACAGAAUACAUCACACGAGUAUGAGAACUCGACAUCCACAACUCGUGCAACUGUGUGACCGCGAGCUCAGCAAACUGAAGCAUGAAUUGCAGGUGAUGCGAGAACAGAUUCGAUGUCCAAUCUGCUUGGACCGGUCUCGAAAUCUGGUUUUCAUGUGCGGUCAUGCUACCUGCCAAUGGUGCGGUGAUCAAGUUACCGCCUGUCCGAUUUGUCGUCGUGCUGUGGAAAGUCGCAUAAUACUGUACUA